AUGUUUGUCACUGCAGUGGUGGUUCCCGCCCCAACCGGUCCAUACGAUGUGUUUUACAACACAGCAAAAAUGAUUGACAACACCAGACUCGAUCCGUUUGAUCCUAAACACGGAAAGCGUGCUGUUAUGACUUCGAUAUUUGCCCCCACAGACUGCAGAGUUGAUCUCAAGGAGAUAGAUUACUUGCCUGCCGCCACGGCCCAAUACUACUCCAACCUAUACAGCACAUAUGGGCUACCCAAUGGAUCAUUUCAGUCCAUAUAUCUCCAAACGUGCCCAGAGCCUCCAAAAGAGCAUCACAACCAAUUUCCAGUAGUGGUUUUCUCACCUGCCCUUGGCACGACGCGGCUGUUCUACAGUGCAAUUGCACAAUCUGUGGCCAGCGCUGGAUAUAUUGUGGUGUCUGUCGAUCAUCCAUUUGAUACCGAAUUCUUGGAGUUUCCGGAUGGAACCAUCGUGACUGCCGCAAACAUCAGCGACGAGCAGAUUCCGCUAGAUGUCGACACCCGAGCGCGGGAUAUUAUGUUUGUGCUGAAUCAGCUUAGCACAAAGACGGGAGCAGCAGCGCUACUCCCUGGAGGGCGGCCUGGAGGUCUGGAUACCCGGCGAGUUGCGAUGUACGGUCACUCGCUCGGGGGUGCAGCCACCGCCGCCGCUAUGCAUCUGGACCGCCGGAUCGUUACUGGAGCAAAUCUGGACGGGUCAAUGUUCGGGCCAGUCCUUCAAAAGGGAGUUCGGGGACCAUUCCUCCUGUUCGGACAUGAAAACAAAACUCAGGCGACGGAUUCAUCUUGGGCGGAGUUUUGGUCGAAUCUGCAGGGGUGGAAGUUAGAGUUGGAAUUAUCCCAGUCUCAGCAUUACGCAUUCUCCGAUUUGCCUCUUCUAGUGAAGCUCCUAGGACUGCCUGUGCAGAAGUUUCCUGCCGCUCAAGCUAUGCUUGGAACCUUAAAUGGGUUCAGGGCAUUUGAGAUUAUUCACCGAACUGUCGUUGCCUUUUUAGAUUUCGGGCUUCGUCGAACAUCGGCAGGUCCGCUUCAGGGGGUUGUUUCUCAAUAUUCGGAGGUAUCGGUCGUGGCGGCCUAA